AUGCUUCUCGAUGAAGAUCCCGCCGCGCUCAUUCGUGCUACUGUCUCGAACUUCAACAUCGCCCCAGACAAGGCCGCGCUUUCACGCGUUAACGAUUCAUUAUCAACAUUGCAACAGUCCCGCGAACUACGCAUUCGAGAUGCCGACACCGUGUUGAGAAAGCUAUCCCGCCAGCUGGCAACAUUAUCUUCUCAACACCGCGAAGUUCUUUCAAGUCAUGACAGCGGCAGGCAUGCCAGUGAGAUUGUGCAGCUCGACACCAAGAAGUUCCGCGUUGCGAAACAGGCGUCUGAGCUAGAAGCCGAGAGCGAGAGACUGGAGGCGGAAUUGGAGAGGCUGAAAAUGCGAUUAACCGACUUGGAGGAGCAAGGAGUUGAGGGAGAUGAGAACAUGCGCCGUGCCCGUGAAGCGGAUGAUCCAACAGUAUUACGAUUAUGGCUCUACAGAUCACUGGGAAUCAGCCUCGAACAAGACGAGGCCGGCAACUACAACAAAGCAACGAUUGGAAAUACCAAAAGAGGCGAUGUCCACGUUGUCAACAUCGACCCUAAAUUCUCGCGGUGGUUCUAUGCAGACUAUUUCUGGCAGACAAUGCAAGGCUAG